AUGGACAAUCCCUCCCCAGAAGACCCGGAGAAGGCCAACAGCCGAGUCCAACCGCCUUGCGAGGAUGCGGCAGGGCACUUGACGCUGGAUGCAAUCGAGAUGGUUGAUUGGGAUGGCGAGGACGAUCCCGCGAAUCCUCGCAAUUGGCCGGCACGGCGGAGAUGGGGGAAUGUCUGUCUGAUCUCAAUGAUCACCAUCAUAACACCCCUCGCAUCAUCCAUGUUCGCACCGGCCGUUCCCGACAUGAUGAAAGAGUUCCGGGACGACAGCUCCGCCAUGGCCUCCCUCGUGGUCUCGGUCUACGUCGUCGGCUUCGCUCUGGGCCCGCUCGUCUUCGCACCCCUCUCGGAAAUGUACGGCCGGCUAUAUGUGUAUCAUUCUUCCAACGUCCUGUUCCUCGUCUUCACGGCGGGGUGCGCCCUGAGCACGCAGACGGGCAUGUUUGUCGCUUUCCGCCUGCUCGCCGGAUGCGUGGGAGCCACGCCGAUGGUCCUCGGGGGCGGCUCCAUCGCCGACAUCAUACCCUCGGAGCGGCGAGGGACGGCGAUGACGCUUUGGGGCGCGGGGCAGCUGUUCGGACCGGUGAUUGGGCCUGUUGGAGGCGGUUUUCUAAACGAGGCGGGUGGAUGGCGGUGGAUCUUUUGGGUCAUUCUGAUCUUUGGCGGGGCGAUAACUGCCGCGGGGUUCCUCUUCAUGCGUGAGACCUACGCUCCGGUCCUGCUGGCACAAAAAGCCAAACGCCUUCGGCAGAUGACGGGAGAUGAUAGGUAUCAGUCCCGGCAUGAGAUGGAGCAUGAAUCGGUGUCCAAGGCGCUCCGGGUCGCCCUAUUCCGUCCAAUACGCUUGUUGUUCACCAACCCCAUCCUCUUCGUUCUGUCAGUCGACGUCUCCAUCGUGUACGGGUAUCUGUAUCUCGUCUUUACGACGUUGACCUUUGUCUACAAAAGUCUAUAUGGCUUCUCUUCGGGAACUGCUGGGCUGACCUUCCUGGGAAUUGGUAUUGGCAUGUUUGUUGGCUUGGUGUCUGUUGGUGUGGUAUCAGACAAGAUUGCCGUGCUGAGACAGCGCGUCCGGGAGCUGAAGCCAGAAGACAGGCUACCUCUCUUGAUUCCCGGUGCGUUCCUCAUACCGAUCGGUCUGUAUUGGUAUGGCUGGGCCCUCGAAACGCGUGCAUUCUGGCUAGUUCCGCUCCUGGGGAUGGGUGUGUUUGGCGCCGGCAUCAUAGCCACGUUUGUUCCCAUCCAAAUGUACCUCAUCGAUACGUUCCAUGAUCAUGCGGCCUCGGCGUUGGCGGGGCUGGCGAUGAUGAGAAGCACGGUGGGAGCCACACUUCCCCUGGCAGGGGGGCAGAUGUACGAGACUCUAGGUCACGGCUGGGGAAACAGCCUGCUUGGUUUCGUUGCUUUGGCCCUGACCCCGAUACCAUUCUUGUUUAUCAGAUACGGUGAGAGACUGAGAACGCGGCAAUCUGGCUAG